AGUUAUUUUAAAUUGCAAAUAAAAUAUUUAAGUAUUUAAUACAUUUAAUUUUUAUCAUAAUAGAAAAAAUCUUCUUUUCGAAUAACUAUAAUAAAAAGAAUAAUGUCAAUUUGGUUUUUGGCUCUGUUAUUAUUUUGUGUUGUAAAUGAAAUUUCCAGCGAUGACUCCAAUGAUUCAAAACUUGAAAAUUUCAUAAAUAAGAUGUAUAAAUUGGCGCCCCGUGUAGAUUAUUACGAACAAGAUGUCUUAAGAUUGAUAAAAAUUGGAUUGUUCAAAACAAAUUUAAAUGACGAAGAGAUUGCAGAAAUGUUAAAAGAAGAAUGGCCCUUCAUAAUGUCAAAAAAACAUAUGGCCUUUACGAACUAUUUAUUGGCGAAUAUAAUCAUUAAUGAACAAUUUAAUCUGGAUAUAUUUGUGCAAUUUAUGUCUAUAAAUUGUAAUUUGACGUUUGAUGAAUUAAAAAAAUACUUUGUUCCACCAAACGAUGACAUAUUUGUUGUAUCCAUUCGAGAAGGAGCAAUUCGAGAUAAUAUUACUGAUUACUUUGUUAGUACAGGAAAUCCAAAGGAUGAACCUGAAGAAUGGCUUAAUUAUGACAGUUCAAAAACAACUUUGCUCAAAGAAUAUCAAAAGCGGUAUACAUUGAUGAAAGAAAUUUACAAUAUUUCAGAUAAAGAAAUCGAAGGAUUAAAACAUAACACUUUAAUAAAACGUAAUUGGGAUGUGGAACUCGAAUAAAAAGAAUAUUUUAUUUGCAAUGUUCAAUAAAUAAAUAAACUGAAUCCAUAAUUAUAUUACAAAAUAUUGCAUGUUAAAUUAUUUUUUGUCAAUACUUAAAACUAUUUAUUUAUUGAAACCUUAUAAUUAUAAAUUGAAAAAAUAGUUAUACUAAGGACGACUAAUUAUGCACCACACAAGUUUUCAUCUUGCCAAAAGCCUCGUCCCUUAUAAUUUAUUAACUUAAUUUUUUUUUAAUAACAAUAUACUUAUUAUAGAUAACUUAAAUAGAAGUAAUAGUAAUAAUUUCCUAGUAACUUUUGUUGUUUGAAAAGUUUCUACAAUUGAAAUAUCCAGAACUGAAUUAAUUUUAAUGAUUACUUUAACUAAAUGAACCUGUAGCGAGGUGUAAUAUAUAGAAGUAAUAAACACUUUUACGAUUUAAUAACAACUAUAUUAUAUUACAACGAACUAACAAAUAACAGCGAGAGACGAAGUGCGUUUAAGACAGAGUGCGUAAGUGAUUGACUGAUCGAUUGAUUGACUGGAGCGACGAUCUUGCCCUUAAAUAGUCAGAGGAAUCUUCUAGAGGCGGCGGCGGCCGAAUAUUCUAGAACAUUCGACCGCCACACCACCCCCCUACGGAGUGGAGUUAGCUAGGGUCAAAAAUUGCAGCAGGAUGCCAACUGGUAGUGGGGCGAAGCGUAAAACCAAAACGUUUUGCUAAAGUUUUUAAAGUAGCUGAAACAAACUGAGUACCACGGUCAGUCGUAACGUAUUGAGGUACUCCGAAGCGUGAAAUCCAGCAAUUGAGGAAACCCUUAGUGACAUCAUCUGCUGUUAUACGUUCGAGUGGAUACACCUCCGGCCAACGGGUGAAACGGUCGAUUACCGUCAGACAGUACCUAAAGGACUGUGAUGGCGGCAAUGGACCGAUGAUAUCGACAUGAGCAUGUUUGAAUCGGCGUGAAGGUGUUUCAAAGUUUCCCAGUGGGGCUGAGACGUGUCGGCUUAUUUUCGAUCGCUGACAGUGGACGCAGGCACGUGCCCAGGAACGGCAAUCCUUUUUCAUUGCUGGCCACACAAAUCGUUCUGAAACUAAGUGAGCUGUUGCGCGUGCACCGGGGUGACUAAGGUUGUGUAACUGAUCAAAUGCGUGACGCCGGAA